UGCAAGAUGUCCCGAGCAACGACGCCAAAAUAUGAUGUCAUUGUAGCACAUACCAAAUUAACCUGGCCCUAAGGCCAUGAUCGUAUUUCCCUAGGGCCUCUCGCAGAACCCUUACUUCGGAAGCAAGGUACGGUUCUAUUGAAGAAGAUAUCGGUUUUAGGAGGUUGAAAUGCCUCUAGUUUUUCAAAAUGUAAGAGUUCAAAGGUAACGAGGUGCAGAAAAGUAAAUCUACACUACUCGACAAGUGAGGAAGCUUAAGAGGAAGAUGUUGCACAUGCAAGCUCCCCCUAGAGAUCCUUUGACUUUGCUACGAUUUUGACUACACAUAGUCGUGUUUAUGGGAACCCAAAAUGGAUUUCUCCUCUUACUAUGCUCCUAAUUGCCGUUUCCCCCCUUACGAUAGUGAUCGUGGGUCUCAAGAUUAAUCAAGGCACGUGGGAGAGUUGACCUUUAGACUGCAUAUCUCAUGUUAUGUAAUAAGGCCACUUCCAAACGUGUAUGGUAGUCGAGGUGUAGCUAUGCAGAAGUUCAUACCUGUCACAUCUGCCAUGCAUAGGCAUCUCGAAACCAUAAGCACGACAAGGAAAAUAAGGAUACAAACUUCUAUGCGCAAUCAAGAAUCAACUCUUGAUCGUUUUUAGGUCUAUCCCUAUCAAUCCCAUGGAAAUUAUCAGAUCUAGUAGGAAGAGAUGGUGACCCUACAUAUUUCUAUUUUGAGGAGUUCGAAGCAGUUUGACCGAUUGAGGAUCGAUCAUGAGAGACUGUAAUUUCCAGUCUCAUCCUCCCACGAAGUCGGGUAUGAGGAUAUAGCCUUUGAAGCUAGUCCCCAUAUUAAGCAUACAAUCGCAUCAACGAUAAACCAAACGAAUAACAAAGAAGAAAGAGAAGAAAUCUAAUCAUAUAUAUCCCAAUAUCAAGAGUUACAAAGUCAGAGAACAUCUAGGGUUCGCAAACCUAUACAACUAAGGGAACUAACCAGACAUGGGGAAGGGUUCCCGAGGCAAUCAUCGAUCGAAACAACCUUUCCAGAGAAUCUCUAAAAACGGCGGCCGCAAGAGAGAAAUUAGGACAUAGGCUACCAUUUUUGCCAUCAUUUUUUCUUCAGCUCAGCUUCGUUCUAGGUCAGGUGUCCCUCUUUGUCGGCAUAGUGACGACCGUUUAAUGCCUUCUAUCACUGUCUAUCGAGUUUUGGACCUCAUGGAUAUUUUUAUAUGACUUUGGAUCAAUUUUUCAUGCAAGAAAAAUUGGCUUUUAGCGCGUCUUCUAAGCUUCCACCAAGAUUCCUCGACGUAGGCACCAUGUGAUACGACCCCAUUCACCCCACAUGAUGUCACUCGAUCUCAAAUUGGAUCUCUACAUGGACCCUGGGUCAAGAGAUGGUUUAAAAGGCUUAAAGAGAGCUUGGGAGCAUUCAAGGUGGAAGAAAAGGGCUCUACAAGCUAGGGCUACGAAUUUGUUGAUGUGAAAUUGAUUGACAUAAUAUAUAAUUCUCGUGGUCUAAAGAUGAAGGUCCGAGUAUGACGAUACAAAGACCAAAUUGAAUCAUUCUUGAUGGAUCUGGAUUUACUAGAAGGAAAUCCCAUCAGAUUGCUACGAUUUAUGGACCAGAAUGAAGAGAAUAUGGGCUUGGAGGAAGGAGAAGUGAAUUCGGCCUUAAAAGGAAGGAAGAUGUCUCAUGGUGUGAGCACAAGGUGUGAAAGGCAUACAAGUGUGAUUCGGGCCUAAUUGUACACUUUUUAUCCCCGUUUCUCUUUGAUGCUUGUGGCAAUUGAGCUCCAAAAGGAGUGGGUUUACGCUAGGUUUCUUGUGUUUCAAUGUGUUUUAGAGUCUAACUGGUGAAACCAACCCCAGAGUCAAAAGUUGGAAGAAAAGGAGCAAAGACCGGGCAAAGAGGAGGAUUCAGCCAGAAUUUACGGUCCAACAUUGGAGUUCACGGUCGCCAAGACCAUGAACUGGAACCACAAACCGUGAACAGCAAAGCGUCGAGAGGGUUUUCUAAGGUUACUAACUAACGUCAAGGCAGUUCACGGUCGCUAAAACCGUGAACCCCAGAAGUGAAGCGGUGCGUUUUGAUCCAUCUCACUGAGUUCACAGACGCGUUCUAAUGUUCACGGCUGUGAACUAGGGCUGUGAACUGGGCACGAUCUCAGUAUAAAUGGAGAGCUAAAAGGAAGAAGAAGAGGAUCGCAAAGUGAGAGAAACCUUCUUCUUCUUAAAACCCUAGAGAGAGAAAGUCACAAACCAAGAGGGAGACGAGGCUACGGUUUGCUCCAAGUGAAGAUUUUGGGAAGUUCCUCUUUUUUGGAGGAUCUCUUCAAGCACAGUAGAGUUGGAGGCAUCACAAUGAUGGUUUCUUUAUUCCUCUUUUGUGUUCUUCAUUUGUCUAGCAUGGAGUAGUUUCACUUUUCACUCAGGUGUUGUAGAACCCGAGCUAAGCUUCUCACCAAGAGUUUUCCACCCUUUUACUUUUCAAAGUCUUGCUUUUAAAUCGUAGAUUGUAGAGAUUUCAACAAACAAAAAUCCACUAGAUAAUGUUUCAAACAAUCAAAGUAGGGGUACUUGGGUCAACCCGGGUUGAUAUUUAAACAUACUUGCCCUAUAUUGCACCCAUCUAAGGUUUAUACUUGGGCCUUAGGUGGGAUUUUAUUGUGAUAGUUGGAGCGAGUCAAGUUUUUGGUGCCGUUGCCGGGGAACUUCGGUCCGUUAUCUUGAAAAAAUUGUUUGUUGUUAAUCUAGCUUUUAUUUUCAGUUUUGCUAAGUGUGCUUGUGCUAGACGUGUUGUGUUCUUUAAGUGUGUGUAGGGAGGUGCAUGACCCGGAGCAAUUCGACGCCUUUAAUACCACUGGACGAGGACAUCAACCUGACUCUCCGACUUUUAGCUCGAGAGAGGGAGCUAGCGGAGGUAAGAAGGAGAAUUGAAGAGAGGGGACAACAAGUUGGUCUCGGAUUUGAAGGAAUUGAAAGAGAAGUUGAAGUUGAGAUAACGGGGAAUCAACAUCGAGGUGAUAAUCCGCUUCAAAACGAAAAUGAGUAAGCGGGAGCCGAGGAAGAGCCAAGGACUAUGGGCUAUUACAUGGCUCUAAGGGCGACGGAUAUCCAAUCUCGCAUCUUACAUCCACCCGUGGCCGCCAACAACUUUGAAAUCAAGCCCGCUCUUAUUACGAUGAUUCAAAACAACGCCUUAUUCCAUGGGCUUGCCAAUGAAUCGCCACGAGAGCAUGUCCAAAGGCUUCUUGAGCUUGCGGGAAGCUUGAAGAUAAAUGGCGUCCCUGAGGUGGCAUUGCAACUGAGGCUAUUCUCCUAUUAUUUGGCGGGGAAGGCUCUCUGAUGGCUCAACAACCGUCCGGCUUGAUCCAUCACCUCUUGGGACGAUUUACUCAACAAGUUCAUGACCCGAUAUUGUCCUCCUUCCAAGAAGGCCGAGUGGAGGAAGAAGAUCGCUCACUUUGAGCAAGAGGAAGAUGAGACUUUGAAGGAUGCAUGGGAAAUAUUCUCCGACUACUUCCUUCAAUGCCCUCACCAUGGAUUCGAGGAGAAAUUUCGGAUAGAGACUUUCUAUGGAGGUCUCAUUCAAGAUGAUAAGAUUCUCAUCGACUCUCUUUUCCAAGGGAAGUUGAUGAACAUAACCCCACCUCAAGUGAUCGAGUUGCUCGUAGAUAUGGCUCUUAAGGGAUAUGAUUGGGGCUUGAAAAGAAGUGGUAAGAGAAGCAUCGUAAGAGGAGUGUGAAGUGUGGGAGAAAGUGCUCCACUUGAGGAAAAGCUUGACAAGUUGAUCGAGGUGAUCCUCAAGGACAAGAAGCAAGGGAAGAGAGUGGUGAUGUCUAGUGAUUGGUGUUCAAGCACUAAUCAUGAAAUUGCGGAUUGCUAAGCAAUGAAGGAGACAAGUACCCCCGAGGAGCAAGUGCGUUUCAUUGCUAAUGCUAGAGGGAACAACCCUAAUAGCAACACCUACAACCCCGGGUGGCGCAAUCAUCCAAACUUCGUUUGGUCUUCCCCUACCAAUCCAAUACCUCCUGGUUUCCAAGGUCCAACGGGAAACUAUCAACCUCGGCCAACUUUCAUCCAAUAAAGGCCUCAAUUCCAAAACUCGAACUUCCAACAACCAUACCAAGCACAAGGUGGUCAAGGGUUUCAACAGCAACAACAAGUCGACAAGUUCUCUAAAAUUGAAGACCUUGUGACCACCUUUGUGAGUACAAGCUCUCAGAAGUUUGAGAAGAUUGAGCAAUUCAUGGAUGUGGCAACCUCCAAGUUUACCUCAGUUGAGGCGAGACUCUGAAGUCAUCAAGCAAGUCUAUAGAACUUGGAAGUGCAAAUUGGCAGUCUUGCCCAGAUCCUCACCGAGAGACCGAAGGGAGCCCUACCUUCUCAAACCAUUACAAACCCCAAGGAUCAUGCCGGGGAGAAUGCAAUUCAUUUGAGAAGUGGGAAGGUGAUUCCGGAGGUAGUUGCCAAAGAAUUAAAUGAGAAAGAAGACCCUCUACCCGAGGUGGAGAAGAAGAAACCUCGGGAAAAAAGAGAGGAGUGGCGAGGAAGGCAUCCCCAACGCCACCACCUGUGGCUAAGUACACGCCACCCUUACCUUUUCCCACGAGGGUGCACAAGAAAAGAUUCAAAGCGGAAUGUGGAGGUUUCAUGGAGAUGCUCCGAAAGCUCCACCUGAACAUUCCCUUCCUUGAAGCAAUGACCCACAUGCCAAAAAGGCAUAUUCCCCAUGUCCUAGAACCUAGCCAGUCAUUUGAACCCGAGCCUAAGACCUUCGGACAAACUAGUGAUGAUAGUUGUCUUAUGAACUCUAGCAUUUAGAGGUUACCGUCAUGGUGAAUGGAGGAUAGGGCUGACUUUUGAGUGCACAUAUUUUGCAUGAAAAGUCUUGCCCCCACUGGUCGAGAGUGAGUUAUUCAUUUAUCUUUUCAUGUUCAUAUCAUACAUUCUGGUGAGGACCUAGUUUGCUCGAUCGUUUGUUCCUAGGACUUUAUCUUUAUGCAUGGAUAACUGUGAUUGGUGAGUCGUCAUGGAAGGUUAUGUGUUGGUUUGUGAACAAGGUGAGCACUCUUCGUUUGCACGUUCUUAAUGUAUUCGAGUAUCAUUUGUGGUGGUUUUCAGGAUUGCUUGUUGUUGUUCAUAUGUCGGUGCCAAAUAGGCAUUGAGAUCCAUCCCCUUUGUGCCCUUUGAUAUGUCCCCGAGUUAUUGUGUUUAAGUUGAGAUAUUACCUUGUGUGUGAUUGGUUUGCUUAGGGACAAAAAAACGUCCAAGUGUGGGGGAGUUUGAAUCGGGCAUAGUUACUCAUGUUUUUACCCCAUUAUCUUGUGAUGUUUGUGGCAUUUACAUCGCCCGAGGAGCAAUUUUACGCUAGGGUUGUGCGUGUUUUAGCAUGUUUCAGAUCUAAGCAGGUGGAAUUGACCUCGGGAGCGAAAGUUAAACGAAAGAGGGCAAAAAUGGAGGGAAAUGGACAAACAGGCAGUGAUCAUGCCUAAGGUUCAAUUAUCACGGUCAGCCGACCGUGAAGAUGGAGCCCAUACCGUGAAGAUGAACAACUUCCAGAAGGCUUUGCACGUCGAGCGAGCAAGUCUGAUGUCACGAUCACCAGACCGUGAAAAUUUCCACCCAAUCGUGAAGUCUAUCAAUGAAACGACGCAUUUUGGGUCGAGAUUACGGGCAGGCUUCCAACAUCAGAGGCGUGACAAUUAACUGGGAAAAGUGUCUGAUUGGAGUAUAUAAAGAGAAGAGAGCUGAAACCUAGGGGAGAGUUCUAGAGUGAGAUUAGGUUCUUCUUCUUUAGUUAGAGAGAGAAUGUCACAAACCAAAGGAGAAAAAAGAGGGUUUUGACCACCCAAAGCUUGAAGAGUGGAGAUCUCUCCUCCAGUGAGGCAAUCUUAGAAUGGAAGCAUCUUACCAUUGUUGAUACCUCAAUCUUUGUUGUAUUCUUCUUCUUAGUCAUGGAGUAGUUCUCCAAUUCACUUGGGUAUCGUGAACCCUAGUCUAGAAUGUGUUAGAUAGUAAGAAUUAAACUCUAUGUGUGUUGGGUUUGUGUUGAAUAUAAUUUUUGAGGUAUUAUUCAUGAAUCUUGAGUGUUGUUCUUCAUAUCUCAAUGUUAGUUCAAAUUGACCUAGGUGGAGGAAAUCCCCCUUUGGACCAUAUGAAGCUAGAUUUCUUAGCCAAUUGGGUAACCCCAUCUAGGGCAAUUAAGGGCAAGCCUCGAACAACAUAUUAGUGCCAUGAAUACAUACGUGAUUGCUUACUUUUUGCCGUUCCAAAUUAGCUUUCAAGGGAUUGGUCUUUGCAAUCCUUAGUCGAUUAGUAAAGAGAGCUAGCUUCCUAGCUUAUUGUGACAACCUUGAUAAAUCGAUUAAGAGAGUUGGGUUCUCCUACUGAUAGCAUCCUCCUCACGGUAUAUAAUCACACUCACCACACUAGAGUUACAUUCGGUUGACCUUGACAUGAGACUAGUGGGAGCAAUACCCGGGUGAAGCUUUCUCACAUCGAAUUCACCAUAACUUAUUUUCUUUGCUUGCUUUUAUUUCUAGUUCUUUAGAUUUAACUCCAAACUGUUUACUAGAUAACAUUUUAAACGAUUGACGUAGGGGUACAUGGACCGCCUCAGAUUGACAUUUAAAUACUUGCCCCGGUCUACACCCGGUCGUUGGUUAUACUUGGCCAUCGAUUGGGAAUAGUGUAGUUAGUAGCGAGUUAGUCAUCAACAUCAUUAUAUCUCAUUCUCACUCUAUGGAGUAGACACACUUCUCAAUCGGGUAUGAGGAAACGUAGUCUUGUUUGCUGAAUUGGUGAUUGUUUAACACUAUAGACAGCUGAAGUCAUAGUUUAUAUCGUAUCAGCUGUCUAUAGUUUAUAUCAUAUUAAUGCAUUAUUUAGUGAACCGUUUGAAUAUUGAUCAAGGUUUUAUGAUUUUUGCUAACCUUGGAGAGAUAGAAAUUCGAAUAGGUUGAUUAGAGUAACAUCAAUUGGAAGUAGGGAACCGAUUGCAUAAGAGUAUUUUUGUCAUCAAUCAAUCGGAACCCAACUCUAUGAAUGCUAGUCUACUUUUUCACCUAUACACCUUUCUUCUAACAUAGCAACAAUUAAGUUUAGGGCUGUAUAAUGUUGAAACUAGGGGCGAUAUAUGAUUUUAAAUGAGUAAUCUUGAUGAUUAAUGGUCUCUUUUGUAAUAGUUUGGAUCUGUCGAUCGUGCAAGAGAUAUGAUAGAGGUAAAAGAAUUUACCGAGGAGAGACCUUGAAUGCUCUUCCUCUUGAGACUUCAGUGCCUCCCUCUCAACUUCACUAUCAUAGACGUGAUCGGAGUUUCUGACAAAACCAUAAGCUCAAGAACCUCAACAAGUAGACCACCAAGGUUGAGGAAACAGAAGAAGAGGACCAAGGAUGGUGAUGCGUCGACUUUGCCAUGCAUAGUGGAGCACUAUAACUAGUACCUCAGAGUUUGAGAACUACUAACUGGCGAGGGUGAAUCUCUCAAUUGGGUUAUUUUCAGCCAACUGGGAUCAGAAGAGACCUAUUACAAGAAAACAUAUGUGUUGUAUCGGUUCACUUAACCGACACUAAAAAUUAGAUUUGCGUUGGAGAUUCGUGUCGGUUAAGGAAUCGACACAAUUUCAGCGGAUUUGUGUGGAUUUUACUCAAACUGGCACAAUUUUUCAUCAAAUUUGAAUUUCACAAAACUCCUAUUCUAUUUUGGUUCUAAACAAUUUAAUGAAUUUCACCAAACUCGAACCUUUAGAGCAAAGAUAAACAAGCCAGAGUGGAUCAUUCUUCUUGCUAUCCAUGAGAGGAUCUACAUGGUAAUAUUGAUUGACUUUCUGAGCACCAUGAAAGUCAAUGAUUUAGGGUGUAGUUGUCAGUUUUUUGAACAUAGAGUUCAUAUUUGGAGGAACAAAAAGGCAUAUGUCAAUUAGGGAAUUUAAGAGGGUGAUGAAUAUCUACCCUCAAGAGUUCGUGGACUUCUCUUCGUGCACGGGUCCUAUAUUGGGGUUGCUUAGUAUUGUCAACGAUCGAGCUAUAAAUUGUAAAGCUCAAGGUUGACACACAUCACACAUCCAAUAACCAACUAUUGAAUAAAGGUUAAAAACAUUU